AUGCGACAACUACCAGCAUGGUUAUUAGUUGCUGUGCCCGCGCUAAUAUUGUGGACCAUAUGGAUAAACACAUUAAUAGGAUCAAACUUUCUUAACAACGCGUCGACAAAACUACAUGGAAACUUUUUACACAUUACCGACCUUCACCCUGACCCAAACUACAAGACAAACGCUACUGCUCGUUCUUCGUGUCAUAAGAUGGAUAACGUGCGUAUACAAAAGAAACCAGCUCAUAUGAAGGUGGGAACAUCGGGUGCAUGGGGUGCUCCUGCAACUAUUUGCGAUACUCCGAUUCAGUUGGUUGACGCUACGUUUGACUGGCUUGCUGCUAACUGGGCCGAUAAGCUUGAUUUUAUUAUAUGGACUGGUGAUAAUUCGAGACACGAUAGUGACGAGAAAAAACCACGAAAAUUAAAAGAAAUAAUGGACCUUAAUCGGAUGAUCGCCGACAAAUUCCUAACAGCAUUCUCAGCCACAAAACAUCUUCAUCCACGUCGCAACAAAAAAGCACCAAAGCUAAUACCAAUCGUACCAUCGCUCGGAAACAAUGACGUCUAUCCAAGCAACAUAGUCGAACAGGGGCCAAACAGUAUUCUUGACACAUACAUGGAUAUCUGGUCGGCGUUCAUCCCAAAGUCACAGCUUAGCACUUUUCGACUCGGCGGAUACUAUGUCACGGAAGUUAUCCCGAAAAGGUUGAUUGUCGUGUCGUUGAAUACACUUUAUUUUUUCGAGUCGAAUACCGCGGUGAAAGGAUGUCGGGCUACAGAUGAACCGGGUACGGUCGAGAUGAGUUGGUUGAAUCAAGUGUUGCAUAAAGCGCAGAAGAAAGGUAUGAAAGCUUAUUUGACUGGACAUGUGGCGCCAUCUAAAAAGCGAUAUACGCAAUCUUGCUGGAAUAAAUAUGGGAGAAUAGCAAACAAGUAUCAUGAUACCAUAUUGGGACAUUUGUAUGGCCAUGCGAAUAUGGACCAUUUCUAUUUCGUCAGAAGUAAAGGUGGCAAAACAAAAUCUCCAUUCGCUCAAACGACAAAUACCGAAGAGAAUGAUAAUCAUGAAACAAUCGUCGAAGAAGAAUCUAAUGCCGUUGAAUCAUCGUUAUCUUCAGAAGAAGAAACCCACACAGAAGAAAAUGACGAAGACGGCAAAGUAGAAGCAAAUGUCUACGAUAUUAAUCGUUAUGUUCAUCGUCUACUUGAUCACUAUAAAGAAGUCCCAUUAAUAACUCGAGAAAUGGCUUAUCAAUACUCAGUGAUUAAUGUGAAUCCUUCAGUAAUCCCGACAUUUUUCCCUGCUCUCCGAAUUUAUCAAUACAACACAACCGAGAUAAUAAAUCUCAAUGCAAUCAACGCAUCAAAAGGUAAAAAUGGUGAUUAUGAUGAAGUACACAAAAACACUUUUCUCUCGCCGAUCGGGUUCGUACAAUACUUCGUAAAUCUCACCAAAGCGAAUGAAAACCCCGAUCAAAUACCCGAAUAUGAAGUCGAAUACACAACAAAAGGUGAUUAUCACAUGACCGACCUCACAAUAGAUAGUUGGCUUAGACUUGCACGUCGAAUUGCAAAAGACGGGCUAAAAGGGUCGCUGUGGAAGAAAUUCCGUAAUCAUUUAAUGGUUGGCUCACGUGAUGUCUUAAAGAGUCGAAUGGAGUGCGCAGAGGGUAGGGAUUGUACUCGGGUUAAAGGACCCGGAGAUUAUCUUGCCUCCCUUGGUGGAUACUAA